AUGCCAGGCCCACGCUUCACCGACAAGAUCAUCUUCAUAACAGGCGGCUCGUCCGGCCUCGGCGCCGAAGCCAGCGCGCUGUUCAUCGACGAAGGCGCCCACGUCUUCAUCAUGGACUUGGCGGAGAAAGGCAUCCUCACGCGCCUCGGCGAGGAGAAAGCAACCUUCUUCCAAGGCGACGUCGGCAAGCCCGAGGACUGCGAAUCCGCGAUUCGAGCAUGCGUCGACAAGCACGGCCGCCUCGACAUCCUGUUCCACAACGCCGCACAGCCGACCCCCAUGACGACAGUCCCGUUCCACGACCUCGUGCAGUUCCAACAGAUCAUCAACACGAACCUAUGCGGGCUGUUCUACUUGGCCCGCAUCGCCAUCCCGCAGAUGCAAGUGCAGAAGAAGGGCGUCAUCGUCGCCACCGCCAGCACGUCCGCCUUGGGCGGCGAAUACGGUCUGGCCAGCUACGCGGCGUCCAAGGCCGGGAUGCUGAACCUCAUGCGGACCAUGGCUCUGGACCACGCUCGAGAAAAUAUCCGUAUCAAUGCGAUUUGUCCGGGGUACAUGCCUACGCCAAUGACCGAAGGGCUGGGCGAGCUCGUCAAGGUCGUCGAAGAGAGCAUUCCGCAAGGGAGGGGCGGUGAUCCCACAGAAGUCGCUCGGGCUGCCUUGUUUCUGGCUUCGGAGGAUGCAAGCUACAUGACUGGACAGGCACUCAUCGUCGAUGGCGGCUGGUCCGCGCAUUCCGGAGCACCGAAUCUCCUCAAAUAUGUGCCACAGCAGUUCCGGUACGAUGAGAAAUGA